AUGAUAAGCAACAACGAACAAGUUGAGAGUCAAUCAAGUACCAUCACAAAUGUGCCAACUACUCCUACAAUAGUAGUUUCUCCUAAAGUAGCACCUUUGAUCACUCCUGGAGGAACAAAAGAAUGGCAUCCAAUAUGCCCCAAUGAGUUGAAACUAGCUAUAGGGAUGAAGUUUAAUAAUCUUGAAGAGGGGCUUGAAUUUUAUAAAGGCUAUGCAUUUUCUUCUGGUUUCAAUACAAGGAAGUCUACAACUAAAAGACAAAGAAGAAGCAAAGAAUUAAAAUAUCAGUAUAUCUUGUGCAAUAAGGAAGGAUACAAAGAAAAAAGAAAGACUACUGUAGAAAAAGAUUUAAAUAACAAGGAAGGGGAAAACAAUGAAGAAAAAUCUUCAAUCAAAAGGAAGAGACUCGUUACUCGUGUUGGGUGCAAGGCACAUAUUAUCCUAAAGCAUUGUGAUGAUAACACAUUCAUAGUGACAAAAUUUCAUGAGGGACAUACUCAUGCACUUUAUACACCUAGCUGCAAUCUAUUCCAAAAAGAAGGAAGGAAAAUGAACAUUUUACACAAAAAAAUAAUUGUGAAUAAUUCUAAGGUGAAUAUUGGUCCCGUUACAACUUUUCGAAUGAUGAAGGAAAUUGUUGGAGGAUAUGAAAACAUUGGUGCAUCUAAGGAAGAUUUCAAAAAAUUUCAUAGAGAUUUAAAAGCAUACAUUCAAGGAAGCGAUGCUCAAAUGUUCGUGGAUAACUUUACCAACAAAAAGCUGAUGUGGAGCGCUUUUUUCUUUAAUUUUGAGAUGGAUGAAGAUUAUUGCCUUUGUAGAGCAUUGUAGGCAGACCCCCUUUGUAAAAAGAGUUAUGCUCUAUUUGGUGAUAUGGUAUCCUUUGAUACCACAUACCAAACCAAUAGGUAAUUCAUUUAUGUGUUAUUACUAGCUAUGGCUGAAAUUAAUGACUUUGUUUUAAAUAAAA